AUGACCAACAAUUCUUGCACCAGAAUAACUUGUAUGCGUGGUAAGACAAUACAACAGCGUAAUUUUUCGCAGCACUGUUCCAGUAAACAUCAUAUAUCAUUUAUUACAAAACAAGAAUUAAAUGACACAAAUAAAUUAUUAUCAAUCGAUUUAAUAUUUAAUCUAGCGGCAUAUUUACGAGAAAAGGAUUUACAUUCAAAUAAAAUACGUACUCAAACAAUCGUUCAGAGAUAUGAACAUAUCGAUCCAUAUACAAAAGUUAAACUCAAAUUAGAGAAUAAUGAAAAUAUUCCAGCAAACUUUCGUAUUGAUCAUAUUCAUGCAGCACAAAUACUUGCAUCUACUAUUAAACAUGCACCGGAAUUAGUACCUCGAGAUGGAAAUGUACUUACAUUGCGUCCAUUACGAAACAUAGUUAAUGAUAUAUCAAGUUUAGCUAUAACGGAAGCAUUCAUUAAUCGAUCGAAAGGUCAGGCUAUUAAAUAUUUUCUUGGACAUUACGGGAUCAAUCGAGAUAUGUCACUUUUGACAGCUUUUAUUCAGACUACUAACGGAAAAGAAAGAUCAAUAGCAAAAUUUUCCAAAAAUGUUUUCUAUGAAAGAGUUAAUGAAUUUCAUCAAAAAGAGACAAGUCCUAACAUGAGUAAUGCAAUACAAGAAGUCCGAAUGGAUAAUGAGCAUAUAACUGGUGCAUGCUGUUAUGAAAUGGUAGCGAAACAAUUCGAUACGAUAAUUGAUCGAAUGAAAUUAGAUUGGAAUGAAGGUACUAAUCUUCGAAACGGAAAAGUCUAUCAAGCAUAUAAAUGA